AUGAUUGCUGCUGCCUCGGGAAGUGAUAAAGGCCUGCUUUCAGGAAAGUUUCUAUUACCUUUUGUUUCUCCUGCGAGAAAUAUUUCUCUCAAGUGCAUGCAAGACACUGAUGAAUUCCUUUCUGAUCUGAAUUCAGUGGAGCCCAAAGAAUACGCUCUGAGAAUGUACGACUCUGUCGGGAAACUUGGGAGCAAUAUUCUCGGUGGAAACGUGGACAGGCUGGGUUCUUACAGUGAGUGCCUCUCCACCCACACUCCCUCGUGGAGCUUCCAAGGACAGUACUGCAAGAUUCAUCUCCUGCAGGAUGGAACCGACUACAGUGUGGGUGUGUGUGUCCCUGAUUCGUGUGCCGAAGAGGAUGUGACUGUGAUGUCUCAGCUGGAUAUUUUAAGAUUCAGAAAUGCUUCAUUUUUGGCUCCUUCUCUGUCUCUCUUUACGAUGAAUUCUUCCUCCCCAUCUGGUGGGGGCAUGGCCAGAUGUGCUACUGGACUGUUUCCCCUGGACGCGUUUGCUGCCGUGUGUCUGUUCCUCACGCUGCUGGGCCUGGUCCUUCCUCUGGCUGGAACGGUCUACGUGGCAGCCAGGGGUUGGGCGUCAGACCACAGGGCGUCCCCAGCACAUGGCACGCAUUCGGCCACUUACGGGAGUCUGCCUUUGAGAGAGAUGGAGAGGAGCGAACAAAGAAACGGAAUCCGAUGGGCGGGUGGCCUGGCCCAUCUCUCACGGUCAGGAGCCCUGAGCAGAGGGGAAAGAUUUCUAGGAGCUGUGGACUGUGCUCUGAAAUGCUUUUCUUGGCAGAAGAAUAUGCCAGCCAUCUGGACUACCAACACGCCAGGAAGCACGUGCCCUGCACUGAAUGGCAUCCGAGUCUUGAGUCUCCUCUGGAUCAUGUCGGGGCACACCAGUCAGAUGACCGCGUGGCUGUCUUUGGAUAAUGUUCUCGAAUGGAAAACCAGAGUACUUAAAAACCCACUGUACCUUUGUUCUCGGAGUGGCCCCUUCUACCUUGGGGUUGACACAUUUUUCUUGAUCAGUGGCUGGUUAAGUGCAAGGUCAUUUUUAAAGAUGCAUCAGACUUCAGAAAAAGGAUUAACCGCUAAUGUCAUACUCAGAUACUACUUCAGUCGCCUCUUAAGGCUGCAGCCUCUUCACAUGUACUCCGUGUGCUUAUUGGUUGGAUUGUUCUCCCUUGCUCCCUGGGGACCCAUCUGGGAAGUGCCCAAGUUCCACCUGGACAACUGGAAAUUCCCGCCAGCUGCCUACCGAAUCCCUCCUCUGGACCGGAAAGGGCGACCGUGCAACGGCUGGACCUGGUACCUGGCCAAUGACUUCCAGUUUCAUCUGGCAGCACCAGCCAUCGUCGCGGUCCGUGCAAAAAGUAAACACGUCCUUCUCCUCCUCGGGGCCGUGCUGUUCUUGGCAUCUUUCAUUGCCACUGCUCUGCUCACACUGGCUCAUGACCUUCCGGUGGCAGCCCCAUCAGAAGCAAGCGAGAACGUGACUAUGUUAUAUUUCUCGGAGUAUUACACCAAGCCCUACUGCCGAUUCGGGCCGUUCCUCGUGGGCCUCUUUCUGAGCAUUUUUAUGCACCAAAACCACCAGGGAGUCAUUCUCAAAACCAAGGUUCAGGCUCUGCUGGGGUGGAUUUGCUCCCUGUCAACCCUGUUUGCAGUGGUCGCUCUGGCGUACGCAGUGGACGACACCUCAGUCACCCCUUCAGCUGCCGCUGCUCUCUACCAGGCCCUCCACCGGGCCCUGUGGGCGGCAGCUGUAGGCUGGGUCGUGUUUGCAUGUCAGGAAGGCUAUGGAGGUCUGGCGAACCGGCUGCUUUCUUGCAAUAUCUGGGGUUUCCUGGCCAAGAUCAGUUACGCGUGCUACUUGAUCCACCCUAUCGUCAUCAUCCUCUACAACGGACUUCAGGAAACGCUUAUUCACUACAGCGACACCAACAUGUUCUAUCUUUUCUCUGGACACUGCGUGCUGACCUUCAUCACUGGGCUAGCCCUGACCCUCUUCAUUGAGAGACCAUGUCAGGAACUGAAGCGGUGUCUUCUGGGAUCGAUGCCUAAAGUGCCAUGGACGUUCUAG